AAUGGUCCAUCACGUGCGCAAAAGAGAAACAAGUGAUCUAGUGAGCUGAGCUGAGGCACAAGUAUUAUAUUAUAGCCAUUGCAGUGCUAGAUGAUGGGCUUGUAGAAAACCGAGGAAUAUCGAAUUACGUAUGCAUAAGAGGAAUAUGGCCAACACCACACCUUCACCCUUCUCCAAAUGUGUUAUGCUUGAGAUGCCCAGAGCUUCUGGAAGUCACACUAUGCAUCCAUGUUUCUAGACCGCUUACUUUAAGCACACUUCACACCACCCAUUUCCACGGUUUACAGUUACAUUAAUUUUGUACAUCAUUGAUACUAAUUUCCAGUGCAUUCUGUCACACUAACUGUGUUUAAGUUUGCCCAGACAUCAUCGUUAAUUCAAACUUUUGACACCUUGUUUUUUGGUUUAUUUUUUCACCCACGUUGGUCACACGUUUCACAACUUUAAGUUGAUUUUCCCACACUGCUCAAGAUAACCAAAUACUAAGACAAUGUCAUUAACACACCCUCAAUCUCCUCAUGGUCCGAUUCUCAACCAUGAGAUAUCCAUGAUGCCCAACUCCAUUACACCUGUUCUAGGGCAGUCUGCCUUCAUGCCAGAUGCCAACCUGGAGCCUAAAAUAACUCUUCUCAGUCGGCCCCAGCAAUCAAUAGGUGGUGCUGUUGAUCCAUCCAUAGCUGGGCUCGUGCCACCAAGAACCCUGGAAAGCUUUGCCGCCACAGGGUUUGCAGGAAGAGCUGCCAGAGGCGAUUACUUUGACACAGAAGACCCAUCUGUUAAUCUUCAUGAUUUUAUCAUCAACUCCAUGCAAUCCCAGAAGAACCGGGUUGUGCUCAUAAAGCUGGAAGAAGAAUUUGUAAGCUAUGUUCAAGAUGUCAACCGUAAUGAGCCAUUGAAACUUCCACCGUGGGACUCCUACCACAGAAUGUUGGCUCACAGAGUAGCAGCAUAUUUUGGUCUGGAGCACAAUGUUGACCCAAUGGACAAGAUGUGUGUUAUUGUACACAAGGGACCCAACACAAGAUUUCCGCAACGACGCUUUGGAGAAUGCACAGUAAAAGCUCAAGACGAGUCGGAAUCUUCUGAACCUAAGCAUAUUCUAAAGAGGAAAGAAGUGGCUGAGCUGGAGACUAUUCUUGGCUCCUCCUCUGACCUCUCCGGUCUAAAGUCAUUCAAGAGCUUUGAGGAGCGUGAAGAAGAAUAUGAGAGAGCCAGAGCUCGAAUAUUCAGCCAACAGUCACCGCUGGAAACAAAGGAACCGUCAGUUGUCUUUGACCUGGAAACACCCUCUGCUCUCACUCGCCGUAAAUCUCGGUUUCUCCCAGCCAUUAUGCAGCAUCGCCGAGCUGCAAGUGAUACCACUGCUUUCUUGUUUAAAGGUGGACUAGCUGAUUUGCUGAAUGAAAGCCCAGCUGGUGAUCAUUCUAGCCCAAGCAUCACACCAAUGCUUUCACAUCUCAAUAAAUCUACUGAUGCCAUAUCACAUACUGUUGUGUCCUGUCAAGAUUUCAAUCAGCCCCCAGCAAAACAGUUGUCGCCCCAUCCUCCAAAGAAAUUAUCACAGCACAAUGCAGUUUUGCACUCUCCUCCAAAGCUCAGCAAAUCUCUUUCAGACUAUCAGCCAUCCCCUGCAUAUGAACCCAAUGCGACAACUGAUUUGUCUUCCGGUGCUGCACCAUUUCAGUCUCUACAGAGUGGAGUGCCUGUCAUGUACCAACAGCAAGGGGCAAUGAUCGCUGACCCCAACUGGUACCCAUAUCAACAGAUGAUGGUCUAUCAGGUACCUCAAGGCUAUAUCCCAGCCCCCCAGUACAACCCGUUUGGUCAGACAAUAUUCCAACCUGGUCAGCUCUAUGCCGUUAAUCAACCCUAUCCCUCUAUGGCAGCAGGUGGUGUACCUCCUGGCACAGUGCUUGCCCCAGGCAAAGAUAUCCAUACCCCAGUUCAGAGUGCUAUAGUUCGUCCUCGAGGAGGCUAUGAGCAGUUCUCCUCUCCUACUCACCCUGCUGGCUUAGCUCUGGUCAGGCCCAUUCCCCAGCAGGCUGCUCCUAUUAGGGUGGCUGCCAAAACUGUUGGACCGUGGGGCUCACCUAUUCAUCAACCAUAUGCUAUUCAUCAGCCAGUAGUUGUGCAGCCGCAUGGUGAUCAGUCGGCUUAUACUACCAUUGUUCCUUAUCCCCAAGACAUCAAUACUUCUCAACUGGCAGACCAAGUGGAGGCCUCACUGCACAUUUCAGAGUCUGAUGGUCAUAUUUCCUCUGAGACUUUCAAGUCCAAGCCGUCUGAGUCUACAAUCACCUCUCACAAUAAUCGUUACUCAUCCUCUGUGACUAUGAUGGGCUCAUCAUCCCAGGUCGACGGUGUUUACACAUUCAGCAAUGCAACAGCAGGUGGAGUCACUCAUAAUGUUUUAGGGGGCCCAAUGGUCAGCCCCACUCUCCCUCGUGGGCCAGUGCAGUUUAUUCCUCACCAACUACCCCAUCCACUGUAUGGAGGUGGGCCUGAAGGUGCUUUUGUGAGUCCUGGCUCUCAGGGCUCAAUCAUUCGUUAUCCAGCUGGAUUUUCACCACAAUCUUCCUCUCCUGGAUAUCAUUCUACUUCUGGUCCUUUAAACUUUGCACCUGGUGUCCUUCAAGCCCGACCUCAAGGUGUUUUUUCUCCAUCAAGUAGCGGACUCACACACAGUCCUGUUCAGAUUCUAGGUCACACCCUUGGUACUAGUUUGUUUUCCCCACCUCCCUCCACAUCUUCCCGCCCUGCUCUGUUUAGUCAUUCAUUUAUUGGGAAAGGAGAUGGACCCUGUCAUCCACCCAUUGGAACUGGUGCCAUUCCAGAGAGCCCUGGUCUAAUGCAGAGUUAUAAUAGUGCAUCUGGAAACGGAUCACAGUCUAGUCCACUACCACCGCGUCUGUCUAUGCAGGGGCGAUCUCAGAAAGGUGGAGCUAACAGGUAUCAGAACCAACGUCAUCCUGCCAAUCGUAGUAGCAAGCUAGGGUCACAGGAGAUAGGUGGAGGAGUGUCUAUUGAGCAGAUGAGCGGUGCUUCAAUACCCGGGAGGAAAGAGGCUCUCCUUCCUACUCCCCCCUCCCAUCACAUAGUCAAAUUAGAUACCAACCUCACAUGUGGUGUGCCAUUGAACGUCAUGGAACUGCUUAGCUUUCCUCCAGAUGGAUCUUCUGAAAUGGUCCAAGUUAUCCAAGUCCUGAAGGACAUGGGUGUGACAGAGACAAAGGCUGGUGUUAUGCCCAAGAACGGAGAAAGGGUAAUGGUUGCUGUAUUUGAAGAUUCUGAAAGUGCGAUGAAUGCAUUGCAAAUCAAGCAUGCUAUGUUCGUUUUAUCCAUACCAGGGAACAAUCAUGCCAAGUUUAUCCUGUCUCUUUUGUAAUCAUUAAUGUUUAAUGUUCAUAAUAAUAAUCAUGCAUGUAGCUGGCAAUUUUAAGAGAUUCCCACGACACUCUUUAUCACCUUUUACUAUGCACGUUUCCUAACUGUUGCAUGAUUUCAGAUGCAGCAUAACUUUGUGGUUACUCAGUAAAAAAUUGUUUUGUAGUGUGCUUGUUUUGUACUAACUAUUAAUUUUGUUGUGUUAUACAAUCAUCACUGCUUUGUUGUGCUGGACA